AUGACCGCAGCGUUUGUGCUUCGGAACCUGUACCGCGGGCGACCCGCGCUUCGCUGUCCGCCCGCGGAGCUACCAUGGGCCCCGCAGCGGGGGCAUCGGCUCACGCCGGCGGAUGACGAGCUGUAUCAACGGACGCGCAUCUCACUGCUGCAGCGCGAGUCCCCGCUCGCCAUGUACAUCGACAGCUACAGCAGCCGCGGCUUCGUGGUCAACGGGAAUCGCGUGUUUGGACCUUGCGCGCUCCUCCCGCAGUCGGUGGUGCAGUGGAACGUAGGUUCCUAUCAGGACAUCACCGAGGAAAGCUUCUCUCUCUUUUGGAUGCUGGAGCCCCGGAUAGAGAUUGUUGUGGUGGGCACUGGAGACCGGACUGAGCGGUUGCAGCCCCACGUGCUGCGAGCCAUGAGGCAGAGGGGCAUCGCUGUGGAGGUGCAGGACACACCCAAUGCCUGUGCCACUUUCAACUUCCUCUGUCAUGAAGGCCGAGUGACAGGAGCUGCUCUCAUUCCCCCACCUGGAGGGACUGCACUCACAUCUCAGGCUCAAGCUGCAGAAUGA